AUUCUGACCUCCGUCCCUGCUGUGGUUUCAGGUUAUGCAGCCAUGGUGGGCCCUAAGGAGAUCAGUGGGUUUGAAGGUGACACGGUGUCCCUGCAGUGCACCUACAAGGAGGAACUGAGGACACGUCGGAAAUACUGGUGCAGGGAGAGUGGGUUCAUCCUGUCCCGCUGCUCGGGCACUGUCUAUGCGAAAGAAGAUGGCCAGGAGACGACGGAGGGCAGGGUGUCCAUUCGAGACAGCCCCCAGACGCUCACGCUCCACGUGACCCUGAGGAAGCUCACCCUGAAGGACGCCGGGAAGUACUUCUGUGGGGUCUCCAAACUGGGCCUUGAUGAGUCUUUCCUGGUCUCUCUGCUUGUCUUUCCAGGUAACAAAGGCCUCUGCUUCCCUGGAUGGGGCACAGGUGAUACAGAGUGGAAGAGGGACAGGUGGGCCGCUGAUCAGUGCUGGACCCCGUUGUCCCCUCGCCAACAGGUGUAAUGCUUAUACCAACCUCCCGGGGGAAGGGCUCCAGGGCUCGGUGAGAUGAUGCCGGUCAAGUGCUCAGUGCUCGGCCGUCAUGGGAGCAAAGGCAGCGCAGCACGAGCCUCGGCUCCUCUUUGAAGAGGUCACACCGCGCAGAUCUGUUGAACUCCCUGCCCAGUGCCUUU